AUGCGCGCGCCCCCGACUCGGCCAACGGAAGCAGGGAGGAGGAGCCGCCUUUCCGUUACACGGCUCCGCCGCAGGCCCGCCAUGACCGCCUCAUUCCCCGCGGCCCCGUCUCCGCACUGCCGCCGCCGUCACGGCUGCCGUCGCCGCUACCGCCACGGCCGCCGCCCCCUCUGUCGCUGCCACCCCGACGACGACCGCGCCACCAUCUUGGGCGUGCUGCGUCAAAAAUUCCUCCAUAAAAUAUGGUUCUAUAAUGGAAGAAUUUUGUCUUGUUCACUGGUCUGUUGGUGGCAAAGUUGGCACAGUCAUACCGCUUCUCUAUUAAGAAACAGAAUCAGUUAUGCCUUCGGACUGAUUCCACCAAGUAGUGUAGAAGAAAAAGACAACAGAUCCAUUCAUAUUAGAAAAUAUAUGAAUGUGAUAUUGGAAGUGGAGCUCAAAGAUCAGCUUUUUCAUCUUGUACUGAAGUUUCAACUAACAAGAUCCAGUGAAACAGGUUUGAUUAAAGAACGACGCUGCAGGGUAUGGGGCCUGAUAUACAGCCCCCACUGAAGGAGGCUUCUGAUGCAGUCCUGAGGUGCAGAGGAGUUAAUUCCUAUGAAGUGAACUUCAAACAGUGGGGAAUUGGAGAUGGGAGAGAGGCAGGUCAUGGACUUCCAAGAAGCCUAGGAUGAGUCACUAAGGGGCACAGAACAACAACAAAAUGCUGCUCAGCAUUAGUUGAAUUCUUCCUUUAGAAAGGACACACAGAGGUCAAAGGUAUGAUUCAAGCUACUGGAAUAAUUUCUCCAGGAGAGAGAGAGACAUCAUCCGGCAGAGAGACAUUUCCCAGUUUAAUUAUGAUGGUGAUUUGGCAUGCUUUAUAUGAUGGGGUGAUUAGUCUUUGUAAAUAAAGAUGUUAUGGAUGUAUCCUUUAUCUCUUUUCUUUCAGAAAAACAUGUGUAUUUCCCUCAAUCUCACAGUUUCUCACAAACACAUAAAGGGCGUGCCUGGAAGGUUGCAUAAUCCAGGUCUCUUUCCGAAAAUGACAGGAUAUCCCCUUCACUUUAUACCAGUUAUUGCACCUAUACACAUUCCUAAGUUUCUUUUAAAUGAUUUAAUCAUUCCCUUAGGUUGAACUUCACAUAUAGGAUUUUUACUCACCAUUGGAAAUGUCUGGGAAAAGCAGUGAUAUAUUGUCCUGAAAGGGAAUCAUCAAUCACCACAUGUUCUAAAUCAGCUCUUUUAUCAGACCAGAAAGUUAAGAGGAAAGUAAUUGAAGGAUGGUAUAUUUCAGACAACUGUCUCAAAAUGAAAUAAACAAAAGCAAUGCUUCUAUUUCUGGUAGUUCGCAAUAGUAUUUGUUAACUAUCUCAACACUUGCUUAAAAAUAUUUCUAUAGUGAAAAAACUAAUUUGGGCCAUAUAUUUUGCCCUUAGUCAUUUCUAAAAUGGUGAGAAGGAAAAAAUACGAAUGAAUUAUUUGGGAUUAUUCCCUGAGUCAGCUAAUUAUGCAUGACACUAAAGAUAGGAAACCCUGAUCUUUUACAUCAUAUGGAUAAUGCACUGUAGCAUCUCAUUCAAGUGAUUAUGAGGUAAUUCAUUACAAAGAUGCUACUGGGGGUAGAAAUGAUUCUCUGAAAAUUUUUCAAUGCUGUUUACCACCAGGCAUAAUAAUUAAUUUCCUUUGCUAAAGUCACUUUAUCUUCUAAUUCCAAAGCUUAUAGCAGAAUUUCCCAAAUUUGAAGACAGUGUGACAAAACAUUUCUCACAAUAAACCUAUCUCCCACACACUGCCUCAUUAGCACUGCAAUUCAUCAUGAUCAGAAAAUUCAGCAGAAUUUGCACUUGCAAAUCAAGUGAGAUUAUUUAUACAUGUCAGCUGUUAACUGGAACCCAUACAUUGGAAUACAAAGCUGUGGCAGUGUGGGUGAUAAUUUUAAGUUUUUACCAUUAAAAUAACAGAUCAAUAAAAACCUCACAUAAAAUGGAAAAUAAAUAAUUUUAAUAACAUUGUCUAGUAGAAAUUGGAAAUUAUCUUGUAAAGUGGAGCAAAGAUACAAGUAUGCUACUAUUUCUCAUGACCUCAAACCGAAAGGGAUUUUAUUCUACUAUUCAAAUUUUGUUGCAUGAAGAAGUCUUCAAGUAUAGUGACCAAUACCUAUCAAAGUCUAUUUUUUCUUUUCCUCUUUUCAUAGCUAUCAUAUUUACUAUUAGAAUUCAUUUUAAAAAUAUAUAGCUCGUGCACUUAUCAAAUUAGAAAACUUAUUGCAUGUAUAGUUUAGUGAUUCAAAGAAAAAAACAUUACCACAGGAUGUAUGCUUUUAGUCCUUUUUAUCUUGUUCUGGUGAAUUAUUAUAAGGCAUAUAUUAUCAACCAGGCCUAAUUUUUUUAAGUGAGACACUUUUGAAAUGGAAAUCUUCAGAAAGCAGUAGAGGUAAAUUGAACCACACUAGUAGUAAACAAGUAUGCCUGUCACAGGACUGUUCUCGUUCACCAUACAUGCUGUUGUGGCUUUUUAUAUGACAUAGAAUAUCCAUGGGACUUUCAUAUGGGGGAUGAAAAAAGCUCAGCUCUCCUCCUAUGUAUCUGUUAUGGUUGUUUAGUAAUGGUUAAGGGAUGCUGGGGUUUCAGCAGCUCUUCCCCUGCUUAAUAUUUUGAUGUUCGUUCGGAGAAAUUUACUCCUGAUUCCCAUGUUAUAUAGUAGUGUGGGGAGAAUGGCUUUUACUGCAGAAACCUAUAUCCUGAUAGAGAAAGAGGAUCAGCUCCUGACCUAAUCUUUUCCAGAUGUUUGCUCCAUUUAUAGAUUUUAAUCAUGAACAGAGAGAUAUAAAAAACAAGAAAUAUUUCCUCUCAGCUAUGGUUUCAUGUUCAGUCUACUCUUUUAUGAUACUGUAACUACAUAGUUCCCACCUCACAGCUCAGGUAUGUAAUCUUCAAGUCAUAGAUGACUAUAAAAAAUUUAGCUCAUAUAAGUAGACAUAAAAUGGGAGAAGAGAAGAGGCUCUAAUCUCUACCCUCUGGAAUGCAAAAGAAAAAAGAUAGUGUCAACUUUAUUGAGGGGAAAUUAAUAUAUUAUAAAUACAUCCAUUGUAAGUGUAUAGUAAAAACUUUUGAUAAGUGUAUACAGUUAUGUAACUAUUUAAGAAAUAGAAUAUUUAUUUCUAUUAAACCCAAAAUGUUUCCAGCUCUUACUCAGAUACCACUCAGUAUCUUCA